AUGUUGACCCCGUUUACUUUGGCUGUGCUCCUGGCGAGCAUGAUCGUGGCUCCUGUCGAGGCCGUCCCGUAUCGCCGCAAUGUCGGGUUGGUUACGGUCCCUCUUACCCGUAUGCACAAGAUUCGAGACGAUAUUCACCCCCAGAUCCUCCUUCAACAACAUGCUAACAGCGCACACCGCCGUCUGGCCCGCAUGACUGGAAAGCGCGAGCCCACUUCUGAAGAGAUGAGCGCCGCCAUCCAGAAGCGCAUGUUCGUCGUUGGAGACGGUGUCCAAGCACUCCGGAACAAGCAGCAGCAAAAGCGUAAAUACAACGUCGGCAAAGUCGACUCUGAGCUGACUCGUAUCCGCUUGGCCGCCAACGGUAGUGGACGAGUGGCUGCUGCAGGAGCGAUCCUAGAGGCAGGUGUGGCCCUGACUACCGUUACCACCACCGUUACUCCCGCGAAUGAAGCUGCUGCAAGCACUUCAGUCAGCGCAACGACCACGGUCGUAGUCACCGAGACCGUAACCGCAGGCGCCCCUGCCGCUACUCCCCCCGCCGGAGCCUCUCCUCCAGCAGGAGGCCCCCCGGCUGCGAGUGCCCCUCCGGCCGCCGCUUCGCCUCCUGCUGAGGCCGCUACAUCAGUUGCUGCCUCUUCCACUACUCCCGCGGCUCCGGUUGCUACGGAGGCGCUGGUCGAUCUUGCAGCUGCGAUCAAUGGAGGCGUCACCAAUUCGAAUAAGCCUACUGCUGCCAAUUCUAUUGCACUCGAUAAUGAGGCUAACGAUAUCGGAUAUCUCGCCACUGUUCAGCUGGGCACUCCCCCGCGCGACUUCCGUCUUCUCAUGGACUCUGGUUCCGCCGACAUGUGGGUUGGAGGUGAAGCUUGCCAGUCCCAGGCAGGUGGCGGAUGCGGAAACCAUACUUUCCUUGGUACCAAAUCGUCUACUUCGUUCAAGUCCGCCGGACGUACAUUCCAAGUUACAUACGGAACUGGUCAGGUUGCGGGAGACGUCAUUACCGACGACGUUGUUAUUGCUGGUCUCAAGCUUCCUGCUCACACUUUUGGAGCUGCAACCGUCGAGUCGGUCGAGUUCUCUUCCAACGAUACUCCGUUUGAUGGUUUGGUCGGUCUUGCCAAGAGUUCCCUUUCGAACCAAAAGGUCGAUACUCCCCCAGAGUCCCUCGCCAAGGCUGGAUUGAUCCAAUCCGCGAUCACGAGCUAUAAGAUCCCUCGUCUGGCAGAUGGCAAGAACGACGGCGAGAUCACGUUUGGUGGAAUCGACGAGACCAAGAUCGAUGCCGCAACUACUACGACUAUGCCAAACGUUAAUCCCAAUGGAUUCUGGGAGGUACCAUUCACAGCCGCAGUUGGUGGAAAGGACAUUGGCUUGACUGGCCGCACUGCUAUCCUCGACACCGGAACUUCCCUCAUCAUUGCCCCUCCUGCCGAUGCCCAGGCCCUUCACGCCCAGAUUCCCGGCUCCAAGUCAGAUGGCCAGGGUGGAUUCACAAUCCCGUGCACAACCGAGCUCAAGUCGCGUUUACCAUGGGUGGUCAGUCGUUCGCCAUCGACCUCGUGA